AUGAGCAAUUUUGUUGAAGUUGCAAAUCUUUCUGGGAAUUUCAACGACAUCGUUAACUUUUACUGCCAAAUACUCAGUACUGCCAAGAGUGCGGGAGAUAAAGCUAGAGAAGGAGCUGUGUAUAGUUUUCUUGGUGGGUUUUUUCUGGAUCAGUGUGAUUACAAGAAAGCCAAAGAAUAUAACUACCUUGCUCUUGAUAUUUUCAAAGAAUUGGGCAACAAGAGACGGGAAGGUGUGUGUCAAUGUCUUGGUGAUGUUUUCCAAGAGCUCUGUAAUUUUGAAAAAGCCAUUGAGUACCAGAACCGUGGGCUCAGUAUAGCAAUAGAUCUGGGAGAAAAACCUUUGGAAGCUUCUGCUUACUACAGUCUUGGCAAUGUUUUUCGAGGUUUGUGUAGUUAUGAUAAAGCAAUAGGCUUCUACAACCGUUGUCUUAGAGUCGCCAAAGGUCUGGCUAGCAAGACAAUCGGAAGGCCAUUAGAAGUUGUUGCCUGUAGCAAUCUCGGACAUGCCUUUGACUGUCUUGGUGAAUACAAACAAGCUGAAAUUUACCAUAGGCUCCACCUUAGCAUUGCCAAAGAGAGGAGACACAAGUCUGGGGAGGGAGACGCUUACACAGGUCUUGGCAACGUUUUUCUAGGCCUUGGAAAUUUCAAAAAAGCCCAAGAGUAUUACAGCUUAGGCCUUAGCAUUGCCAAAGAUGUACGAAACAAAGGAGCAGUAGCACUUGCAUAUUCGGGUCUCGCAAACGCUUCCCGCAGCCUUGGAGGUACAAAAAAUGCGGCAAGUUACUCUAAUCUGUAUCCUACCUGCGCCAAAGAACUAGGGAAGAAAGAUCAGGAAAAGGGUGCGUAAGGCACCCUUGGACAUAUUUAUAGCAGCCUUGGAGACUUCAAGAAGUCCAUAUAAUACUAUAAACGCCAUCUUGAUAUUGCUAAAGAUGUUGGAGACUUGGGAUCAGAAGAUGGCGAGUAUGGUGGCCUUGGUAGUGUUUUUGACAGCCUCGGAGAUUUCGAAAAAGCCAUUGACUACCACAAGCGACAUCUUCGUAUUGCUGAAACCAUUGGAGAUAAAGAUGGGGAAGCAAAAGCAUAUGGUAAUCUUGGCAACGCUUAUCUUGGCCUUGGGGAUUUCAAUGCAGCCCUCCACGUCUUUAAACAUCGCCUUAGAAUUGCGAAAGACCUGGGAGAUAAGGUGGAGGAAGGUCGUGCAUAUGGUCAUCUCGGCAGCACGUUUCAACGUCUGGGAAACUUCAAGAAAGCCAUGGACUAUUACAAUCGGCGUCUCUGUAUUGCCCAAGAACUGGGAGACAAGGCUGGAGAAGGGGCUGCCUGUGGCUAUUUAGGAUCCAUUUCCCUGCUUCUUGGCCGCUACAUGAUAGCCAUUGGCUGGAACAAAAAAAUGCCUCAGAAUCGCUACACAUCUAGGAGACAAAAACCUGGAAGGUAA